CUAAGGCCAUAUAUAUAUUGGAGGAUUCUAUAUGAGAAUAAAGAUGGCUUUUACUUUUGGUGCACAAGGAUUCAUUCUACUUGCAUUUGUAGCCUCUUUCUGGGUAGUUAGUGAGGCUAGAACCAUUGUUGUCGGAGGCUCAGAAGGCUGGCGUGCUGGCAUCAACUACACAGAUUGGGCUCUCAAAACAAGUCCUUUCUACCUGAACGAUAAAUUAGUAUUCAAAUAUGCACUCCCAAGUGACACCUCCAUUGCUCCAAAUGUUUACCUACUACCAAACCUGUUGUGCUACAGGAAAUGUAACUUCAGAAGUGCAAAGCUGUUGGCAAAUGAAACACAGGGAAGUGGUGAAGGUUUUGAGUUUGUGCUGAACGAGUUGAGGCCUGCAUACUUUGCUUGUGCUGCAGAGGAUGGCAGGCACUGUAGUGAGGAGCGGAUGAAGUUCUUUGCUAUUCCAAGGCGGCAUCCAAAUUAGUUAUCGAUGGCCUUAACAUUGCCAGACGACUUGAAAAAGGUGCAGGCAGUGCUUGUUGUCCGCUGUUCAUCUGGUUUUACUUUUAGGGUAGAAAAACAUUCAAUCAUGCAGAUGAUCUGCAUGAUUAAUGGAUAUCAAUAAAAGGGUUUGUUCCCAAUUACUUUGUUUUAAGUUUCGUACACUUUAUGGCUCUUAGGGAAACAAGUGGGAGAGGAAUAUUUGUGUUUCUUCUUCAUAUAUCAGCAUGAAUUAAAUA